GAAAGGGCGGCGAGGUGCGGCGGGAGCCGGCUGGCGGAGGCCAUGAGCGGGCGGCGGGGCUCGGAAAACCCGGCCGAGGGCAGCAGCGACGAUGUUUUUCUUCCUGACCCCCAUGUGCCAGCAGUAACCUUCCUCCAAGAACUGCCCAGUUACCAAUCUAUGCGGAGACGAAGAUUAGUAACCGGAAAUGUGGAUAACUGCCACAGUUUUGCACGAUCGGCUUCUGGAGAGGCCAGGAAUCUCAUCCAAGGGAUAGAAUCAAGAAAUGUCAACCUCGACCGUCCGUUGAGAGAAUGCGCCUUGCCCCUUGCGGAGAAGAGACGUCUAAGGGAGCUUGAACAAAAACAAAUACAAUCCCAGUCAAGGUGGAAUCAGUGGAAGAAAGCAACUAAUAAAUCACUCAAAAAAAUGUUAGAGAAUAUCAAAGAAGUAAUCUCUUACCUGGAAUUGUGGAGAUAUGACAUCCGUAGCAUCGAGGAGAAAUUUGGCACCGGGGUUAAGUCCUACUUCUCUUUCCUGCGGUUCCUGGUGGUGUUAAACGUCGUCAUCUUCCUUCUCCUGUUCGGCUUUAUCACCCUUCCGACGGCUCUUGUUAAAUAUGGAGUUGUGAAUGGCAGCUACGUGAAAGUUCCCCCAGAAACAGGGCCAAAAUGUACUGUUUAUACAAUCGUCAGCACCAAGGGACUGGUCUACUUCUACAGUUACAUUAUAGAUCUGUUAUCUGGCACAGGGUUCCUUGAAAUGACAAGUCUCUUUUAUGGCUAUUACUCGGUGGACAACGUACCUCUGGGUGUGCUGGAGUACCACGUGCCACUGGCAUAUUUGCUGAUCACGCUGGCUUACCUUUCAAUGAGCUUUGUCUGGAUUAUCAAACGCUCGGUGGAAGGUUUUAAGCGAAGCUUGAUAUACAACGAAGAUCCAUUUCAGAGCUACUGCAAUAAGAUUCUGGCUGGUUGGGAUUUCUGCAUCACGGAUGUAAAUGCUGCUCGGCUGAAACAUAGUAGUUUACUUUAUGAACUUAAAACAGAUUUGCAGGAUGAACGAUUAAGACAGAGGGCAGCAGACAGAAGCUUCAAAGAGAAAGCACGUAUUUAUUGUUUGAGGAUCUUCUUAAACUGUGUCGUUUUGGCUGUCUUGUCGGCUUGUUUUUAUUCCAUCUACAGAGUAACCGUCUAUUCACAAGAACACAGUUUCCCAGAAAACAACAUCAAAUUAGGCGACCUCUUGGUGCAAUACUUGCCUUCUAUGGUGAUCACUGUCGCGAACUUUUUUGCCCCACUGAUUUUUUCAUUUCUCAUCAAAUAUGAAGACUAUUCGCCCGUCUUUGAGAUACGCUUAACUCUGAUCAGGUGUGUCUUUGUGCGAUUGGCCAACGUUGUCGUCCUUUUGAUUUCGCUGUGGACUCGAAUCACGUCCUGUGCUGACAAAUGCAAGACGUGUGGCUACAACUACCACCUUUACCCAUGUUGGGAAUCCCGAGUUGGCCAGGAAAUGUAUAAACUGAUGAUCUUUGACUUGAUCAUCAUCUUCGCCGUUAUCGUCUUCAUUGACUUUCCUAGGAAGUUGAUUGUUACCCAUUGUCCCGUCAAGGCUUUCCGGUGGGUUGGGCUGCAGGAGUUUGCUAUCCCAGAUAAUGUGUUGGAAAUAGUUUAUGGACAGACGAUCUGCUGGAUCGGAACCUUCUACUGUCCCCUCCUCCCAGCAAUUGCAGCCGUGAAAUAUUUCAUUGUCUUUUAUAUUAAAAAGUUGAGCCUGAUGCACACAUGUAAACCUUCAGCACGGCCCUUCAGAGCCUCCAGUUCACACUUUUUCUUCCUGGUGGUACUUCUGCUUGGUCUCAUUUUGGCAUUCAUUCCUUUGGGACUCAGCAUGACACGCAUUCCUUCCUCUAAAGCCUGUGGGCCUUUUCUGAAUUUCAAUCGUUCGUGGGAUGUCAUUGGACACACCAUCCAGAAAUUCCCCCUCGUGCUGCAGAGAAUCCUGAACGGCAUUUCUUCGGAAACGUUUGCCGUGCCUUUCUUCAUGGUUACCUGCUUUGUUGUGUUUUGUUUCAUUGCCUUGGCUGGAGCCCAUAAACGAGUGAUUAAUCAACUGAGGGAACAAUUAGCUACGGAGAGUCGGGACAAGCUCUUCCUGAUCCAGCAAUUGACUAAAGCUCAGGUGCAUCGCUGGGACUUUUUCAACCCCCUUGAAGGGAACAUGAAGUCCAAGCAAGCAGGGGCUGGCUUCAGCAAAUAACUGAAGUCUCCGCCAUCACAAACUGGGACGGGCACGUUCAGUUUGUUGUUAGAUGGAGGAUUUUCCGCGGCGCUGGCUUCACUCGUGUUCUGGGUGCCUGACUGCUGUGAUAGCACCACACGAGAGCCAAUGACAAACUUUUUUCCUAAACAAAGAGGAUGCUGGAAUCAUGGAGAUCGAGCGGAUGAGGAUGAACUGCAUUGCAGCACAAACUCUGCGACUUACAUUGAUGUGUACGGCAUCAGGACACAAGUGUAAUUGGUGUCCCUUAAAACUGUAGAGGUUCGUUGUCCACUUAGCAACGAUCGCUUGGUGAGUAUUCAAGGUUCCCGUGGACUCCCCCAAAAGUAGCUACCACCCAGCUCUGAAAUUCCUACAGCCCCGCCCACCCUCAGGUCAUGGGGACACAAUUCAGGCAGUUGGCCACCAGUCCGCAUUUACUGCUGUUUACAGUGUCCUGAAGUGUCCCAUGAUUGAUUUGACACGGUUUGGGCUGAAAAAUGGGGUUUACUUCCCGUUUUGGGCAAAAAACACCCUGUAGCAAACAAUGGGUUUGCUUAAUGACUAUGGUGAUUUCCUUAACAACCUA